GCGGGGGCGGGGCCGGGGUGGUGCCAGGCUGCAGCGGGCCGGGCAAGAUGGCUGCCGUGGAGGCCGAGACGGGGCUGCUGACCCUGGAGUCGCUGCCCACCGACCCUCUGUUGCUCAUCUUAUCCUUCGUGGACUACAGGGACCUCAUCAAUUGUUGCUAUGUUAGUCGAAGACUUAGCCAGCUAUCAACUCAUGAUCCACUGUGGAGAAGACAUUGCAAGAAAUACUGGCUGAUGUCAGAGGAAGAGAAAGCCCGGAAGAAUCAGUGCUGGAAAUCUCUCUUCAUAGAUACUUACUCAGAUGUUGGAAGAUACAUUGACCAUUAUGCUGCUAUUAAAAAGGCCUGGGAUGACCUCAAGAAGUACUUGGAGCCCAGGUGUCCUCGGAUGGUUUUAUCUCUGAAAGAGGGUGCACGUGAGGAAGACCUGGAUGCUGUGGAAGCUCAGAUUGGUUGCAAGCUCCCGGAUGAUUAUCGCUGUUCAUACCGGAUCCACAAUGGGCAGAAGUUAGUGGUUCCGGGGUUGCUGGGAAGUAUGGCACUGUCAAAUCACUACCGCUCUGAAGAUUUAUUAGAUGUUGAUACUGCUGCGGGAGGAUUCCAGCAGAGGCAGGGGCUGAAGUACUGCCUGCCUUUGACCUUCUGCAUACACACUGGCUUGAGUCAGUACAUCGCUGUGGAAGCUGCCGAGGGCCGGAAUAAAAACGAAGUGUUCUACCAAUGCCCGGAUCAAAUGGCUCGGAACCCUGCUGCUAUUGACAUGUUUAUCAUAGGUGCUACUUUUACUGACUGGUUUACAUCCUAUGUCAACAAUGUUGUAUCAGGUGGUUUCCCCAUCAUCAGAGACCAGAUUUUCAGAUAUAUUCAUGACCCAGAGUGUGUAGCAACAACUGGAGAUAUUACAGUUUCAGUGUCCACAUCGUUUCUGCCAGAACUGAGCUCGGUGCACCCACCACACUAUUUCUUCACAUACCGAAUCAGGAUUGAAAUGUCAAGGGAUGCUCUUCCUGAAAAGGCCUGUCAGUUGGACAGUCGCUACUGGAGGAUAACCAAUGCGAAAGGGGAUGUGGAAGAAGUCCAGGGACCUGGGGUGGUUGGUGAAUUUCCUAUUAUUAGUCCAGGUCGGAUAUAUGAAUACACAAGCUGCACCACGUUUUCUACAACGUCAGGCUAUAUGGAAGGGUAUUACACCUUCCAUUUCCUGUACUUUAAGGACAAGGUCUUUAACGUUGCCAUCCCCCGAUUCCACAUGGCGUGUCCAACAUUCAGGGUGUCUAUAGCUCGAUUGCCUCCCAAGUGCUAGAUGUGUGCACCAUGCCUACACCAGACCAGACUUCCAUUCUUGGCCUACAUCAGACCAGACUUCCAUUCUUGGUUAGCCCAGAACCUAUGUGAGCGUGGUGGCACCAUCCUGUCCUUAAAUGGUUGAUAUUCAUCAGUGAAGCUGUCUGGAACUGGAGUUUGCUUUAUGGGGAAACUUUAAAAUAUGGACUUAAUUUCUUUAAUACGUAUAUUUUCUAUUACUUCUUUUUUCAGUUUUGGUAAUUUGUGCCUUUCACAAAAUUUGUUUAUUUCAUCUAAAUGUUGACUUUAUUAGCAUAAAGUUAUUCACAAUAUUCUGUUGAUAUCCUUUUAAUGGCUACAAGAGCUGUAGUCAGAUAACCCUUUAUUCUUAAUAUUGGUGAUUUAUAUCUUUUUUUAGCCACAUUUCUAUUGAUUAUUCAAAAGGAACAACAUUUAGUUUUGAUGGAUUUUCUGUAGUUUUUCUAUUUCAGCGUUUGCUGUACUUGGCUUUCUCGUCUACUUACCUUGGGUUAAUUCACUUUCCUUGUAGCUUUUAAAGGUAGAAGUGUAAAUUACUGAUUAUAGACUUUUCCUGUUUCUAAGCUCUGUUUUAGCUGUAUUGUACAAAUUUUGAUAUGUUGUUUUGGUUACUAUUUAGUUCAACAUACUCAAGUUUUCCCUUGUAACUGACUUAAGACUACAUAGAAAUAUGUUAAUUUUCAAGUGUUUGGAAGAUUUUAGUUAUCUUUUGCUUAUUGAUUUCUAAUAUUAUUGUGGUUAGAGAACUUACUUUGUAUUGCUAAUAUUUUUUAAUGUUUUAUGACCACAAAUUAUGUGAAGAAUUUCUAUUUCUUGGUAAAUGAUCUUUGUGUCUUUGAAACGAAUGUAUACUCUACCGCGUGAGAAUUUAGUCUAUAAAUGGCGGGCCAAGCUGACUGACUGUUUGACUGAGUGUUUGCCAAGUCAUCUGUAUAUUAUUGCUCUUUUUUAAAAAACUUUUGUUACUUCAGCCACUGAAGAGAUUAUUGUUGAAAUCUUUAGUUAAUGGCUAUGUCCACUGCUUACUUUAUUCUCGUGAGAUUUGCCUCAUGGAUUUUGAAGUUAUAUAAUCGCGUGCCAGUGCUUAGGAUUGUUGUCUGUUUAUGGAAGUAGUUCUUUGAUUCUUACUCAUCUCUAAUAACAUUCCUUGUCCUAAGUUAAGAGCACUGAGGUAUGCAUGGGCAGGCACUUGAGCUGGGUCAGCUUGAUCCUUUUGCUGCUUGUCUUUAAUAUUUGUUUCAGUGGAUGUAAAGUAUGGGUUUUACUUAAAGACAGUGGUUCUCAAGCCUUUGGAUCUCAUCACCUCCUUAUAUGUAUAAAAAACCAUUGAUGCCUAAGAACCUGUUUACAUGGUCAUGUCAGUAUUUACCAUAUUAGAAAUUAAAACAGGACAUUUAUAAUAGUAUCAGUUCCUUUAAAAAUUACAAUAAAUAAACCCUUUACAUGUUCAACCCUCUCAACUGUAUUUAUUUAAAGCUUUAGUUUCUGCUCAGCUACAAGAAAAAGUAGUUGACCUGUUUUACAGAAAGUGUUUUCCUCAAAAAUGGAGAGUCAUUAGAAAAUAUGAGAAUUGUGACUUAAUGAACAUAAAAAAAGACAGUAGGGUUGAAUUUAUUGACCUUUCUUAUUUCUGUUAUCUUCCUUGAUAUGGAAGUUGAAUUGUGUUUUACAUUUUUUUGUCCUCCACCAGUCUGAUUAAUUGCUAGGCUUUAUAAUUUCCUCUCCUUUAUACUUGCCACUGUAAAUAUCCUGCUUGUUUAGUGAUGUCCCUGUGUAGGGUGUAUGUGGUGCUUGCUCAAGGGCACUAGGAACACUCUGGAUGCGUCUUCGUGCCAUUCUUCUCUGAUCUGCUGUUUGACAGGACACUAUCAUCUAUUUCUCUCUCUAACCCUCUAACCACAGCUGAUUCCUUUAAUAGUUCUUGUUUUCUUCAUUAAAAUAAUAAUCAUACUACCUAAUAGUCAUGUUUUAGGAUUUCCGAAGCCUUCCCCAUUCCCCCUUUUGUACCUCCUGCAAAAUUUUGAAGUCAUCAUUCCUUAGAUUUUAAAAAAUAGUCUAAAGUUAAAAAUAAUGAAAUAACAUAAAAGUCACAUUUGUGUAUAUUUUCUGAUUGUUACUGUUGUGUUAUAAUAAAUCCUAAAUGACACAA